UCAACCAAGUCAGCGGGCCUGACCACCCGAUCCUGUAAGUCGCCUCUUACGACAAGCACAGUCGCCUUUUACGGCAAGCACGGGUUGCUGAAGACCUAUUCUACCCCGGAUCUGACAGCAACUUGUGCAGUAAUCUAUAUCUCCAUGUAGAAAUUGAUCACCAGCUUACCCAGGCGUCGCAUGCAGCGUUCUAUGGCAAUCAGCUCACUUAGUAAUGACUAUGUUACAUAUAUAAAUAGAACAGUGCAUUGUGGGGCCAUGACCACAGGACCACAUACAAUUCAACACAUUUGGUAUGUGCUGACCGUUUGACUGUUUCAUAAUUAUUCUUCCUCGGUUUAUAUCAUACUCUACAGUCCUAAACUGCACAAAGCGUAAGGCAUUACAUAAAGCUUUUGUGCGACAGUAUACACAUCGACCGUGCACUUCUUAGUACACGCCCACCUAGUUCAUAAUAAACGUUCAUUUCUUGGAAAUGAGCCAACAAUCACGUGAUAUGCACUUCUGAACUCGACAUGAAAUCAACACCGUCAAAUCAGCUGAUAUAGCCUUGAUCACGCACCUGUUCACUUGACAUAACAUGGAUUUAGAUUUUGGAGCAUUUGAAUAUGUCUGUGGUAAGUGUUAUUUAUAACAUUAAUCGUGAUCCUCGUAAUUUCGAUGACAAUCUACAACCAAUCCAAAGGUUACUUUCGUUUCGAUUUGGCUUUUUAUCCUAUUGUCCAGUUCCAUGAAAAGCCAUAAUAGCACUAUGUAAGGCAGAUCAACUCUUCCCUUCCCAGAACAGCAAAUCUGAUCGUCAUGCCCGAGAACAAGCUUUUCUGAAGCAGCGAGAUAUUUUGUCGCCUCUUGUUUAUACUAUAUGCAGUCAGAAUGUCAAACGACCUGGUCAGAGGUUCAGAUGAGCAGUCCGAUCCAGCGGCCGACCAGAGGCACAGAGACUCCGACCACGUGGAGAUCAUCUAUGAUCGCCACGAAGGGCAAGCUGACAUCUCCAAUAAUGCAGCGACGUUAGAAGCACAUCCAUCCUCACCGCCAUCCUUUCCCUAUGUGUCUGCAACGUUUCAGCAUCAACACCAACCACAAGACCAAAUGGCAGUCUCCCCACACGCUCAGUAUCAGCCAGAACAAGACGUUUCGUCUAUUUCUCGUGUUCAACACCAAACACCACCCCCAACCUCACCAGGGCUUCACAACAACCACCAACUACCACUACCACCACCAUCAUUUCCGGUGCUGCAGCAUCGGCUCCCACUUCCACCCCUACUCCUGCUUGUACCUGUGAUGAGUUCCCAGCGCCAGCCCCAACCACUCCGAGCACCUAUCGGCUUACCAUUUGAGAGUGCUCAGUACCUUGCUUCGUCCAUUUCUCAUUUUCAGAAUCCUCCCUCUCUUACUCCGUCUCCGCUUGCAUCAUUCCCUGCCUUAUUAGGCAGUGAGCCAAAGGUGUUUAAACCACAGGAGACUGAACUGGAGAUGGUUGUUCGUGAAGCUGUUGAGAAGGUCCAGGAUGGAAGCUUUGAUGAACAUGCUGCGGGUAAAUUCAAGAAAGCGGCGAUGACUGCGAUAUCAGCAACUACUGCAAGUAACAUGUCGACAACGGCAAGGUUCAGUCAACUAGUAUGUGCAAGACUCAACAGACUCUUCAUGCUGGAGAGGUGCAGUCAAGUUCUGAAUGGCCUGCGAUUUCUGUACAAUGCAUUGACUUUGACCGGGGAGCUGGAAGUGUACAUGCACGACGACCCUGAGGAGGAAGAUAUUGAGGUGAAGCUAUCAGAGGAAUUCGAGAAGAUAGAAACCUCCCUGUGGAAAACUGUGUUCUAUAACACACAGUUUACUGCUUACCGCUAUGAGGAGCUGCUUCAGCUGUUGUUGGAGUUACGCCUGAUGGUACAAAAUACCUACAAAGAAAACCCCGGCGUGUGUUGUCUCACCUCCCUCAGUGUGUUCAAAGCGUACCGCAGGAUGAGGCUUCAUCCCAACAACCUCAUUGGCAAGACAAAACAUUUGGUCCUUGUGAUAGCCAAAUGUGCUUAUGAAAAGGGGCUGUAUGCAGCUGCUGGAAAGAUGGCGAAAGUCGCUGCGGAGAUUUACUUUGACAUGGAUGACAGUGAUGCCCUAGAAGUGUGGUCAAAGUGCUGUCACAACCGUGGGGACAUGAGACUGGCGGUUCAGUGUGCGGAACUGGCGCUCGCCUCCUGUCAGGACAGAUUGGGAGAUGAGAAACGCCGUCUUCAGAAAUACUUAGAUUCCUUGCGCCAAGAAAGCCAAAUGGCUUCACAUCCUCAUCCUACACCUGAAGCAAACCCAGAAUGGCUCCAAGGCCAAAACGUUUUGCACAACGCACUGAAGUCACAGCAAGAAAAGGCACAGAAAGUGAAAGCUGAAUAUAAGAAAAAGAAAAACAAAACGAAAGCCAUACCAAAAACAAGGUUAUCACAAAAUGCUGCACAAGACAAGAUGCCCCAUUCAGACUUGACUCUUAAGGCUAUUCAGCAGCCAGCUGAACCCCAAACAUACCGCCCAUAUGCAGCCCAGAGACACCAUGAGGAAGUUGUGAUAGAGGUUGAUCCCUGGGAAGAGCUCAGCGGGGAAGAUGGAGAAGGGUUAGAUCCUCCACCAGAGGCAUCCGUUGACUGGUCUGAAUCUGAAUCUGAAGAGGAAGAAGUUCAUAAAGAUGAUGCUCAAGAAGAAAGAGUGAGAAAAACAUGGUUUGAAGAAAGUCAGGAGUUGUACGCUAAAGGAGGGGAAGAGGAUGAACUUGUUACUGGAGAAGGGUUAGAAAUUAACUACAUUUGUAAGCCUGCACAAACAGGACGGGGUUUGCGGUAUCACCAACUGAAGGACAAGGCUAAACUAGAAGAUAUAUUGGCCACCGACCCAGAAAGGUACAAGAGGUGUCGUAUAGAACUGGAUGGUCCUCAUCGAGCUACCUGUAAAGUUUUGGAGGCUGAACAGAAAAAUCACAAAAUAGAGAUUCAUGGUCGUGGAAAAUGUGGCCAAACAUUCAACAAUGAUGAAGUUGUGGUUGAAAUCUUGAACCCAGAAAAUGACAAUAGUGACACAGUCUUUGGAAGCGUUGUUGGUACUCUCAGCAGCAAGUUUCAAGAUUUGGACUUUCCACUGCUAGCAUGUAGCAACAAUCCAAAAGAGGUGAAUGUAAUGCAUCCAUUGUGUAGAAGUGUUCCAAAAAUCUAUAUCUGGACUGGAAGAACAAGAGAGAACCAUCAGGAACAUAAAUACAGAAUUGAUGUCUACAAAAUUGGUCACAAAAGAAAACUUGAGUUUGAUAAAUAUUUCGACAUUUUGCCGAAUAAAAGAGGCCAAUAUGUGUUUCUGGUUGUAUUUCUAACAUGGCUUCCUCAACAUACAUAUCCAAAAGGUGCUGUUCUCAGGGUUUUAGAUUGUGGAGGGGACUAUGCUUCAGGCCUCAGUGUCCUGAAGCAACAGUUUCGAGUACCAACUUAUUACACAAAGGCAACAGUUACACAUGUAGAAGAGUUGCUAAAGCAUGACAAACUAUCUGUAAAAGGAUAUAAUGAUUUGACAGAACAAAGUGUUUUUACUAUUGACCCCCCACAUGCAAAAGACCUUGAUGAUGCCCUGAGUAUAUGGAAAACAGGAGACAGCUUUGUGGUUGGUGUCCACAUUGCAGAUGUUGCUGCUGUUGUCAGGAAGGGUGAUCCUGUGGACAAGGAGGCUCAGCAGAGAGCUACAACCUUCUACCCAUCGUCAAACUGGAGAAGUCACAACAUGCUGCCUGAACCACUUAGCCAGGAAAAGCUGAGCUUAUUACCUGGCAAGGAGAGACAAGUCCUUUCUGUGUUGUUUGUUCUUGAUGGCAAUGGACUGGAUCUUGAAAAACCUGUUGUGAAGAAACACAUCAUUCGAUCUUGUCGCAAGUUUUCAUAUGACGAGGCACAGCUGAUUAUAGAUAAAAAAUAUGAUGACGUCAACUGUCCUUAUCAGCUCAAAGUCUGUAUCAAACAGCUUCACAAACUGUCACAGAAAAUUCGCUCAAAACGUUUGAAGAACUCCCGAUUCAAUGUGCCAUUCGAGGAUCCGAGAUUGCUUGACGUUGAGACACUCCUACAUGCUUUGGAGGCUCAUGCUCUGGUUGAAGAAUUCAUGAUAAAAGCCAAUCGGUUUAUAGCGUCAUGGUUGAUGGAACAUAACAGAGCCUGUGUUCCUCUUCGGUGUCAAGAUCCUCCGCCAGAAGAAGAGUUGGAGAAAUGGAUUCAAGAAGAAGCACAUAUCAUGGACUUGCUUGUUACACUGCAGGGAAAAAACAUUCAGGACAAGACAAUAGUCAAUGUUGACAAACAGUGUAAGACGUCGACUGUUCAUAGAACAAAGUAUGUCACAGUUCAAAGGAAUGUCUGGGGGAAAAUACUUGAAGCAGUCAGGGAAAAGGAUCUGCAGACAGUGCGAGGUCUUCUUUGUUGUGAUCAGCUACACCCCUUACAGUGUCUUGCUACAAGUCACUGGCUUGACAUUAUGGAAUCUGCUGUGUACAAAUGUUCUGGGUAUGGCACAGGGAAGGAUCUGCAGCACUACUCUCUGAAUAUCCAGCCAUACACUCACUUUACAUCGCCUAUACGAAGGUAUGUUGAUCUUAUCAACCAUCGUCUGGUACAUGCUGUACUUGAAAAACGGAAUACACCUCCGUACACAGUAGAAGAGAUGAACUCUCUUUGCUCAGAUGUCACCGAAGCGUGCAGGAGACAACGACGUUUUGGUAGAGCAUCUACAGGUGUCAAGCAGGCUGAACAGUUGGCCUCAGCACCAAUGGUGUUUGAUGCUGUUGUUGAUUCAGUGUGUGAUAGUCAGGUCACACUAUGUAUACCAUCACUGAAAAAGAUGACCCGCAGAAGCAAAGAACUGCAAUUCAAGCUGCUGGAUUUCUGCAGAAGACCUGAAGAAAGACGGUGCCCAGACAUUAACAAGACGAGUGUACGUGGGGCCUGGAACAAGAGAAUUUAUGGGGUAGUGACGCCAAGGGGCCGUCAGGAAACGAAAGCUUCACAAUCAAGCAACACACUAGGGACGGAGGAAGUGACAAUUGACUCAAACAUGCACACAGUACACAUUCAAAUAUCUGAUUUUGCCAAACUGUUGAAGGCUGUUUUUGAGAACCCUGAUAGGAUUAGUAGUGUAACAAGAACCCUAUCUCCAAAAGGAGAACACUGCUAUCUGAAUGGAACAGGGGUCCAAAAGGUGGUAGCUGAUUGUUGUGAGGCAUGGAACAUAAACCACCACUGCAGAUUUGGCUUCAAUUUCAGCCAAGGUCAGAUGUUGAGAGUGCAGAUGCAUGCUACUGCUGAUCAGGGAUCGCUCACACCAUAUGUACAGAUGUUCCAGGUGUGUGAAGACCUGAAUCUUUGCCUAAGUCAUUGGCAUGAUCCUGUUGACACCUUUGCCAAGUAUGUCAAGAGAUCUGUCAGAAAUCGUGAAUUCACAUCAACAAAGGAUUAUCAAAGGACAUGGCUACCACUUGUAGAAAUGGAAUCAGCUACUGGAGCUGUUGGUAGUGAGGGAACGAUCAUCUUAAAAAAUCUAAAUGUGAGAUUGGAGAGGAAAAAUGAUCUGAUAUAUGGCUGCUUUUCCUUGAACUCUGCGUUUUGUGAUGCAUGCACAAUUGAGAUAGAUGGGAAGAACUUUGAGGCCAUACAGAAAAUGAAAACUGGCGAGUCACCAUUUGAUGACAUUCCUAAACACGGAUCUUUGGAAUAUAUUUGUAUUCGAUAUACUCCAAAUGAUUUCCAAAGGAAGAGCUGUAUAUUUGAAGAUUCGUGUGUGUGGAUAGGACAUGCUGUUAUAAAGAAGAUUAGAAAAGACAUCAAAUCCCCACGUGAUGAUCAUGGACAGAUCAGAACAACAUUCCAGUUGAUGCCCAACUCUAUCCCUCCUCCUCGACACUUACUAGGAAAAGAAUUUUCAGCAUUGGUAGAAAUCAUCUUCAAAAGUGAAGUUGACAGGAGAAGUGAGCAGAUGCUGAGGUGUCUACAGGACAAUGAGGACAGCAAUUUGGCAACAAGCAUUGCUCUGAAGUUGAAGAGAAGGCCUCUAAGUUACGUUCGGCUUCAAGUGUGCAAGAAGAGUCAAUGUGAUAUUCUUCAAGGGGAACUGGUUGGUUCUGGCUACAUGCCUGCCAACAACAAGAACCAGGAGGAAGCUAUCAAGAGGGCUCUGGUAGAACCCUUCAGUCUCAUACAGGGUCCACCGGGCACCGGCAAGACGUACACAGGUUUGAAGCUGGUCUAUUUGUUCAACAAAAUCAACAAGGAAAUGCACAGCAAGGGUUAUGACAAGGAACAGAGGCAAAUCCUUUUCUGUGGACCUUCAAACAAGUCUGUUGACCUUGUUGCCAAGUACCUCAUGCAGAAGCUUGGAAAUCAGUGUCCGAAAAUCUUACGGAUGUACGGAAAGACAAUAAGAAACCAAGACUUUCCAAUACCAAAGCGUGACUUCAUCUCAAAACGAAGUACGAGGGGCCUCAAAUCCGAUGUUGACCUAAGAAGCAUCACCCUGCAUUAUGUCAUCAGACAGAAGGAAAAACCGUAUGCUGAGAGGAUUAAUGAAUAUGAUGCUAAGUUUGAAAAAGAUCCAGAGGGAACGAAUGUCAGCGUGAGGGACAUAAAAGACUACAAUCGUCUCGUUGAAAAAGCCGAGGAAGCAGAACUGCGGAUAUGCGACGUGAUCUUGUGCACUUGCGGAGUCUCUGGGAGCACAAAGCUUACAAAGAAACCUCAGAGCACAAAGCUUACAGAGCAGCCUCAGAGCACAAAGCCAACUCGGAUUUUCCAGUGUAUUAUCGAUGAAAGUGCCAUGUGCCCAGAACCACAGAGUAUGAUCCCGAUUGUUGCUACUGAGGCGGAGCAGGUGGUGCUGAUCGGGGACCACCAGCAGCUGAGGCCAAUUGUUAAGUCUACCCAUGCUGCACAGUUGGGGCUAGACCAGUCUUUGUUUGAAAGAUACAAAGAUGAGGCAUCUUUCCUCAACAUCCAGUACAGAAUGCAUCCAAAGAUAUGCAAGUUCCCAUCUGAUCAGUUCUACGAUGCAAAGUUAAUAACCGGACCAGAUCGGAUUGAAGAGGCCCGUUGGUACAUUGCCCCUAGGCAAGAGCUGUCCAUUUGGCCUGAGAAGACCAACCCCAAGGUGUUUUGCCACGUGGAUGGUGAGGAAACGACACUCACUGUGUCCACAGAAGAGGGCAAUGAGCAGUCCAAGUCUAACAUGAAAGAAGUAGAAAAAGUUGUGGAUGUGUUCCUGUACCUUGUGAAGACUGAGAGGAUUCAGCCCAAGAACAUCAAUGUGAUGUCACAGUACAAUGCGCAGCGCCAUGCCAUCAGGGAGAAACUGGAUCUCGCUGGUCCGUUUGAUCAUUUAAAUGUCCAGACAGUUGUUGCUAGUCAGGGGGGUGAGUGGGACUAUGUGAUCUUCAGCACGGUGAGGUCGCUUCCUCAUUACAAGAUAGAGAAGAACCCAACACGUGGCUGGUGCAAACACAACCUGGGCUUCAUCACUGAUGCUAACCAAAUGAACGUAUCUCUCACUCGAGCCAGAAAAGGACUGAUCAUCAUUGGAAAUUCCAAGUUGCUUCGUUGUGAUCCGGUAUGGGCGAAGCUCUUGAGCAAGUACAGUGAAGAGGGGGAGAACUGUUUUGUGCAGGCUGCUGACUUUCCCCCUCCAGUGCGAGCCAGGGGGCGAAACAGGGGGACUCCACGUCUUGGCAUGUCAGGAGUUCUGCCGAGACCUGUUUGACAGGAGCCUGUCUACGUGUGUGAGAAGACAGACAGCUCCUGCUAGGGCGUGUCUAAAAUACAUCUGGAUACAUCUGCGACAUCACAGAGAAGCCUUGUCAUCUUCAGGUGUAUCUGGUUGUGAAGCUGUAGAUGUAGAUACUGUAAAUACGGUAGCCAUAUACAUUAUGUAAAUACAUGUAUGUACAUAGCAAUAGCACUUCUAUAGAUGCUGGUUUCUUUAAAGGUUAUUUAUGAACAUGGUGUGGUAUUUUUCUUGUACAUGCCAACAUUUUAGCACCAUCCUAUGCAACAAUUAUACAUAUUACUACUGAUUUCAUGUCCUAAUGUUUUAUAUGUAUACCAUGCAUCGCACUGUUUAGUAACGACUAUAUGUUUAUAAUGUACAUAUUAAUGUAUAUAUACAUAAUGUUUACCAUGAGUGUGUAUCAUCACUAUUUCAUAGGGAUUCACAAAUCAAUGCUUAUGAUAUAGUCAGAAUCGUACAAUGUGCUCUGCUUUUAGCAGAGAUUUCUAAUGAUUAUAGAAAGAGUGUUGUGGCUUUAAUUUAGUUCACACUUCAAGCCACGUCGGCAGUACUUCAGCAAUAGUGUGAAUACGUGUACAUAUUUAUUCUAACCAUAGUGAACAAAUUUAAAUGUUUUUGUUCUAAAGAUGUUAUUUUUAUACUUUAGUUAGUGUCAGUUUCCUAUUUCAACUGUUAGAACUAUUUGUUCCUAUUAUUUGUGCAUUAAUAGUAUUAUUUGAAAGAUGACCUUUUGUGCCUGUAUUUUACACAUGUAGAAAUGCACAUAGCUUGUAUUGUAACACGAGACAAUGACAGUAUGUGUAACCUGGAAACAAGUGAGCAACAACCGUUUAAUAUUGUCAUAUAUCCAAUGUGUGUUUAUGUGUGCGUGCGUGCGUGCGUGCGUGCGUGCGUGCGUGCGUACGUACGUGUGUGUGUGAUGUACCUACUUGAUACAUCUCCAUACAGCAUUGAUCCAAGGUACAUACAUGUCUACAAGGACUCUGUAUGUUCCUCCAGAUGAUCCAGUACUGAGUCAUUACUAUGUGGGGCUAAGAGAAAGAGCAAUUGAAAGGAAGUAUAAUCAUUAUUGCAGGAUAAGAUGGCUAUUUCAUAUGGAAAGAUUGAGCGGGCGAUGCUGGCCUUUUUUCCAGGUGUAUAUCCUACUGUAGUGUAAGUUUCUUGACAAUCCCAUUAUGUUGAACUCUGUUAGUUAAUGCGACAUCACACGGAAGGUUGAAUGAUGAGAGUUGUAUAACACCAGGUGUGCCUUUUAAGACUUUUUUUUUUAGUGUGUUGUAAAAAACAAGACAAUAGUAGCUCUAAGCUCAGUUACCUCCCUUGAAUCAGGACGCUAUUGUCACGUGCUGAUGCCAUUUGUAUGAAAGUAUAUAUAGUACGACAGAUCACCUGACACGGUCGUUUACAGUGAGUGUGGCAUGUUCCCACAAUCAACGCUUAUAAAAGUAUAAUCGUAGUUGUAAUAUUGCUAGAACAUUUAACUUUACUGUGUAAGUCACGCCUCUAAAAGUAUGUUUUUUUCUCUCGAUGUAUAGGUAUAUGAUGGAUAUUUUGGGCAGCGAUAUAGGGUAUAUGUAUAUACACAUCAAGGUAAAGGUUGGUCAGAUAGUCUCAGAUACAUAAAGAUAGAUUAUAGCUUGUCCAUAUACAAAUCAUUCACGUGUGUACAAGGACACUGAUAUAUUUUCAUAUAUUUAUUAUAUUUUCAUAUAUAUAUUAUAUUUAGAUAUUUUUAUUUCUCUCUCUCUCACUCUUGAAAAUUGGAUUUGACCAAAACAUUCCAAGCGUUAUCAAAACCUUACUACGCUGAAAACAGUCGCCGAAACACUGCAAACUUAAGGGUCAAAACACAAAUAUGAUACCAGUAUCAAAUAUAUCAUCAUCAAAUAAGCAUUCUUGUUUGUUUCGAUUUUUUGCCAGCAUCUAAAAUGGAUAUACUUAAUUUUGCCCGGUAGUUUAUAGAGUCUUUAUAUAAGCCUUUUCCCCUGUACAAACACCAUGUAUCUUCUCAUGAACGACAGUGUCCCUAUUCCAUGCACGCGUCACUUCGGUCCUCGUCCACCUAUACAGGACUUUGGUAUUGAUCUGUCACUUAAACAUGACAUAACUCUCAGUAUUUAUAGCCAUGGACCCGUGAAGAUUCCGGGGUAGAAUAGGUCUUCAGCAACACAUGCUUGCCGUUUAAGGUGGCUAUGCUUGUCGUAAAAGGCGACUAACGGGAUCGGGUGGUCAAGCUCAC